AUGGCUGCCUACCAUUACAACGAAAGCUUUGCUGAGUGGACACACGAUCUUGAUGACUUCAUCAGAAGCGGAUAUGGGUACGUUGCCAACCACGAGCAAGCCGAAGCGCUGCUGGCUGGCCAGAGCAAUCCUAGUCACAUAUCAGGUGCUGCUUCAACAUCAGGGGAACCCGCCAUGUCCGAGGCAGACGCUUGGACACUGUAUACUGCAACAUACGAUACGGGCUACGGCCAACUCCCUUCAAUCGAGAACGUCCAAGAACACGGCACGGUCAUGGUUCCUUCUCAGAACAAUCCCGCCAUUGAUUCUGUCGCCACUCGUACCGAACCACCAUCAGAGGCACAUCAAAGCCUCAUCCCUCGACCUAUCCAACGGCAACCCAUGCCCCUUGAGCUGAUGCUCCGAUCGAUCGGGGCUGCGGCCAAUCUUCCUUCUCGGGCUGUGUCGAAAUAUGUUGCAUCGUCUAGCAUCGAUCAACUGGCCGCUCAGCUCGGUAACAUCAAGCUGUCGGUAGAGACCAAGGAGAACCCGCAAGAGGAAAUUGCCCUUGUCAAAGUCAAAUAUGAGGACUUCUUGGCAAAGACCCUAGGUCAACUAAGCCUCGAUUCUGGGUUUCUCCCGCGGAUUGACCCUGUCUUCAGCUACGACAACCAUUAUGGCGAGCUGGAAGUCUUCGCUAAUCGUCGCACGCAUGCAACGACUCAGGCUGCUGCUGACGCCUCAAACUUCGUCAUGAUGCUCAUGAUGAGAGAGCGGUUCGAUCUGUGUGAUCUAGUCUACACUAUCGAGAAAUGUUGCGCCGACCUUCAAGUCGAUGCAGCAUGCUUUCACCAGCUGGUCUUCGACAUGAAGAAUGAAUCGUGGAUGAAGCAACAAUACCUCAAUCUCGGCGGUGCUUUCUUCAACAAGCUGCACCACAGCGCACUGACUGGCAUCGCUGAGGCCCUGGACAUCCAGAAGAAUCUGGUAUUCCUGUGCAACUGGAUCCCGGAAGUCGAUGAUUCGAAGGAGAGAGCAGAGCGGGGUUGGCAGCAUGUCCACGAGUCUCUGAUCUCGUACGUCCAAGAGGCUACCAGCAAGUACACUCUGAAGACGGAGGUGAGAGGUCCCUACUGA